CCCAGUUUGAAAGUGAAGCAUCGUCUCCAGUCGCUGCUGCAGCGUCCGAACAUCAGCAAGAACCAGACCCGAGCCGAACCGAACCGAACCAGACCAGACCAGAUCCGGACCAGACCCGAACCAGACCCCCGCCUGCAGCUGCCCCCUGACCAGCCAUCAUGAUGAUGCGUAAAGACGUGAACAAGCCGAAGGGGAAGACGUCGGCGUACGCCUUCUUCGUUCAGACGUGUCGAGAGGAGCAGCGCAAGAAGAACCCGGAGCAGUCGGUCAACUUCGCUGAGUUCUCCAAGAAGUGUUCCGAGAGAUGGAAGGGUCUCACUGCCACUGAUAAGAAGUGUUUCGAGGACAUGGCGAAGGCCGACAAGGUUCGUUACAACCGGGAGAUGAGUGACUACGUCCCCCCCAAGGGCUACGGGAGGAAGGGCCGCAAGAGGAAAGACCCCAACGCACCUAAACGACCCCCGUCGGCCUUCUUCGUGUUCUGCAGCGAGUACCGACCCAGUGUGAAGCAGCAGUUCCCAGGUCUGUCUAUAGGCGACUGUGCCAAGAAGCUCGGAGAGAUGUGGAGCAAACUGACUCAGUCCGACAAGCAGCCGUACGAAGAGAAGGCUCAGAAGCUCCGGGAGAAAUACGACCGGGACAUGGUGGCGUACCGCGGCGGCGGCACGGCGUACGCCAGGAACCCGGGCUCCUCGGCUCAGGGCGCAGAGGAAGAGGAGGAGGACGAUGGGGACGACGAUGAUGAUGAGGACGACGAUGAUGAGUAGAGACGGCGAGCGGCGGCUGGACGAGCGAAGACGUGUGUGUGUUUCAGACGGUUUUAAAGGGUUAGGGGCGGGGUCUCUGACGGCUGAUUGAACGGAGGGAGACAGCGUCCUCCGUCUCCACGGCAACGUGUGACAGGAUGCUGUCUGAAUUCAAUCAGCUGAUCAUUUUAAUUAUUGAUUAUUGGGUCACGUUUUAUAUGAAGCGUUUUUCUCUUCGUUGUUCUGGGACCAAUCACAGACAAGAUCAAUAAUCGUAUUGAUGACACUUUGUGUGUCACGUGACCAGAGGUCAUUCUGAAACACACACACGCUGCAUCACUGUGUGUGUCAUCAGAUGUUAAACUGUCCACAGGACAGUACAGUAAACCCCCCCACCACUGUUACCAUGGUUACUCCUGCACCCUCCCCCGUACCCACUGUCCCCGUGUGUUGCCAUGGAAACCUGCCCCCUGUUCAUCUUGUUGUUUUUUUAUUUUCGUACUGGAGGAUCAUGGGAGUUUUUCUUUCCUCACUGUCAAAGUAGAAACUUCAACUUUUAUAAUAAAACGAGCAACUGAGGGAAAA